CUCCUCCCACUUCCAAUAUGGCAGCCAUGGGAAGGAGACAAGCGACGCCACGAAUUUAGGGGUUUUUUCGCGAUAAAUGAGUGGUAUGGGAAGCUGCCACGUAUAUAUCUAUGUUGUGACAACAAUAUUACUCCUCAGUGCCAAUGUCUCGUUUGAGAAUAACUUUUAAAGGUUUCAAAAAUACAAUGUUUCUCAGUGGGCUAAGCUAGCAAGCAACGGUUAGGAAAUAAAUGAACUUGUGUCUUCUGACUCACAAGAACAAAUCAUUCACCCCGCAUACGUCCUUCUAGCUCAGAUUCAUCAUGGCCAUCACUCAGUUCCGUCUGUUCAAGAUUUGCACGUGUUUAGCCAGUUUGCUGUCCUUUUUUAAAAGGUUGAUAUGCAGGAGCGGAAGGGGCCGCAAGCUCAGCGGUGAUCAGAUAACUCUCCCAACGACAGUCGAUUUUUCCUCCUCUUUACCAAAACAGCCAGAAAUCGAAGAGUGGAGCUCCUGGGAUGAAGAAGCUCCUACGAGUAUUAAGAUCGAAGGUGGAAAUGGAAACGUGUCCCCUCCGCCCAACGAUGCAGACGAAGAGCCGGAUUAUUUUAAAGACAUGGCUCCCACCAUCAGGAAGACGCAGAAGAUUGUGCUGAAAAAGCGCGAGCCGUUGAACUACCUGGUUCCCGACGGGUCAGCAGGAUUCUCCAGCAGGCUGGCAGCCUCCCAGGACAUGAUGAGCUUCAGUCCGCCCUCUGCUGAACUGGGCGAAAUGGAAAACUGGCAGGAGGACACAAACGCCUGGGAGGAUGAGUCCGACGCUGCCUGGGAGGCAGAGGAAGUGCUCAGGCAACAAAAGAUGGCUGAGAGGGAGAAGCGCUUCAUGGAGCAGCAGAAGAAGAAAAUGGAGAAAGAGGCUCAGAGGAUGCUGAAGAAGGAGCAAAAGAUCGCAGUCAAGCUCUCGUAACGUUUUGGAAAUGCUCCGUUUCGAGCCGACGGGGGCGCCUGGGUUCGGGCACAGACUUCAAAUCUAUCAUUAAAACAGUCUUUAAAGUUCCUUCCACGUGGAUUAUCAUCAGUCACUACUUUAUCUGUUUACAAACUGUCCUCCUCCUCCCGUUUCUACCAGCAGCCAUUUCAGUUUGGUACGCGGCUGCACUGUAAAAACCCAUCGGUCUCCAGAGCAGAUUACACACUGGAGAAGUGUGAAUUAAAAUUAAAAAAAUAAUUAGAUUGUGACUUAAUCUGGUUGGUAGUACUUAAUUUGUUUGUUCUCUCCCAGAAGCAUUUUGUAAACGAAACUUCUCUGCAACUUAAAAAAAAAAAAAAAAAUCUCAUAAAAUCUUUAUGGCCUCACAGGGAAAAAAAAGGAGUGUAAUUUAUAACUUGCAUCACUGUUAAUCAGUGGCAUUCUUUGCUUUGCUAAUUAUUGUGUUGUUUUUUAUGUUUAUGUCUUUCGGAGUCUGUACAUUUUUUUUUUUUUUUUCCUGAUGAUCAUGGCUUUAUUUUCGUCACUCUAAUCGGAAGCCAUCACUACACUGGAAAUCUGCAUUUGAAUGAAAACUGGAGCUUUUACACUUGGUGUGGAUGAAGAUCGAUGCAAUUAUCAAGUCAAACUAUGAAUGAAGGCUAUGGGUUCCUAUGGCAACCUCAUGGCUGCUGGUUUACCAUUCAUUCCUAGACAUUUUGUCGAAGGUAAUUAUCCAGAGAUCUAAACUUUCGUUUCUAUUUGUGUGUGUGUUGUUGUUGGAGGAAAUAUUGCUUUGGAUAUGACUGAUGAACAUACUUUUUUUUAUAAAAUAUGGAUCACCAAGGCGAUAGAAUCAAUUGCUUCACCCACGAAGAGGAUUUAAGUGCAGAUUUAAUGUGUUUCCGCAAGAAAGAAUUCCUGAUCAUUGCCUAGAAUAUUAUUUCUGUAAUCAUGAAAACCUAACCGGGUGAAGAAUCUAAUAUAUAUAUGCAUGAUGAUGAAGCUAAGAGUUUUAAAACCUCCAUUGAAGCAAGUCGAAGAAGGCAAAUUUUUAUUCGCAAUGUUACAAAAGCUUUGCAAAUGGCAGGAUGUUCUGCUUUAUUAUUUAUGAGGUGAUUGAGUGAAAACGUGACUGUUUUGAACCUAAACGAGUGAGCGACGGUGGGCAGUUCUAAGAACUAACAUGGUGAAACUGGUGUUCAUUGGUUGGAAAAGGUUUGCGUAGUUAAUUUGUUUCCCUAUGGGGUUUCAUAAAGAGACAUAGCAUUUAGCUUUUCUUUUGUUGGUUUGUUUUGCACAUUUUUUCCCCCCCACAAAGAAAUCAUUUCUGUUUCUGUUUUUCUUUCACUUUAUGACUUCAUGUUCAAACAUUUGGUGGUUGAGCAUAAACAAAAGUUUUGCUCUGAGUUGACAAAAAGCCCCGUUCAGAUUCGACAGGUUGUAAAUCUGGUGUACAAGAUUUUUUUUUGUUUCUUUCGUUUUUUUUUUUUUUUAAUAAAAACAUUGAUUCAUAUGUUUGCAUUGUUUUUGGAGGAACAUUUUCUAAACUACUAACGGGCCGUCACCAAACGGUUUAAAAUUGACAUUUAGUGUGAAGGUUUGUGCUUUUUAUUAGGAUCCCAAAUGGAAUAAAAAAACAAAAAUAUACUCCAGUAAGUCUGUCUCCAAUAAAAAAGGGUUGGGAUGAGAUUUAUAUUGUUGAAAUACCGUAUCUUAUUGUUUUCCUACUAGA